AUGGAUACGAUCAGCAAGGUCCGGCUUCUGCUGUGGAAAAACUGGACCCUUCGUAAGAGACAGAAGAUUCGCUUCCUUGUCGAAAUCCUGUGGCCUGUGGCUCUCUUCACCGGUUUGGUCUGGCUGAGAAAAGCGAGUCCUUUGUACCGGCAGCACAAAUGUAAGCUUCUCAAAAGUGGCCUCACUUGUUGGCGUUUUUCUGUGUUAUCCACAGGCAAGCACUGGUACCCCACCCACGGAGAGGUCCCUGGUGCCGUUUCAAACUACAACAACUCUGUUCUAGCCAGGUUCUACACAGACACCCAGGAGCUGCUCUUCAGUGAGCCAGAUUUCCAGCACCUGGCCAGGGUGUGGAGAGAACUAUCCGCCAUGAAGGACUCGAUGGACACCCUCCGGACGAGCCCGUCUCAGAUCUCAGGUCGGGACCUGAAAAUAGAGAAGAUUCUCAAGGAUCAAGGAUGCGAGCUUCUCACAUCUUUCCUCCUGAGAGGCGCGGGGCUGUCCCAGUCGGUCGUCCAUCAACUGGUGAAGGCCCAAGGGCGCCCCGAGCAGUUCACCUUCGGAGUGCCAGAUCUCACCCUGAAGGACAUCGCCUGCAGCCACGCCCUGCUGGAGCGGUUUAUCAUCUUCCAGAGUCAGAGAGGGAUGAACGCAGUCGGCCACGCCACGUGCGCCCUCUCCCAGCAGAGGCUGCAGAAGAUCGAGGACACGCUCUACGCCAACGUAGACGUCUACAAGCUGUUUCAUCUGGUAGGCAAAACCGGGAGGAGGUUCAUUUCUGACUUGCCCCUUCCCUCCAACACUCAAAACAAACAUUUGUGUGGGGCCCCUGAUUUUAUGGAGCCCCCUGUUGGCCAAAACUGUAACAACACUGGCGGGCAGGAGCCCCAAAGCUGUAGUCAUGGUAACCUCUCGCACUUCACCCCCCAACCCCAGCACUCUCCCGGCAUGGACCUGCACUGCUGGGGUCACGUGCUCAACUCCACGUCCGAGAAGCUGCUGGAGGUCCGACCUUCGAUGGACAACAGCUACAAGGCCUUCCUGGGCAUCAGUGGCAGCCAGAGCCGUGAUAGAAAUGUGUACGACAAGACAAGUGAUUCGGGGUGGGCGGAGCCUCCUGGACCCACAUCCAGGGUCACGUCUAUUUUUUAUUUACAGCGUCCUACAUUUUUUUGGUUCACAGGGGGUCCGGAGCCUAUGGUUGGGCUCUCAUGCUGUCUGUCUGAAUGUGUCUGGCAGGCGAACACCACAUUUAAGCAGCUGGAGCGCCUGAGGAACAUGGGCAGGGCCUGGGGGGAAGAAAGCCCCCAAAUCUGCGAUUUCUUCCAGAACGGCGUGCAGAUGAACAUGAUCCGCGUAAGGCCUCCCAGUGUGUGGCCAGCACUGCCUCCUUACCCUGUCCACGCAGUCAGCAGACCACUGCACAUAGUGCAAACAGAAGCUGGUCAUGAGGGGGGUAUGUCCAGCUUUGACUGGUGGAAUGUCUUCAACCUGACUGACUGGACCCUCCACCUGCUCAACCAGUAUGGUGAGUGUGUCAGCUUGGACAAGUUUGUAGCCCACACGGACGAGGACCCGAUGACCCUCCAGGCCCUGUACCUCAUUGAGGAGAACAAGUUCUGGGCUGGCUUUGUCUUCCUGGACAUAUACCCCUGGACCUCCAAGGUGUCACCUCAUGUCAGAUUCAAGAUACGUAUGGACAUUGAUGCUGUGGAGCGCACCCACAAGAUCAAGGACAGAUACUGGGAUCCAGGCCCCAGAGCCGACCCCGUGGAAGACCUGUGGUAUGUUUGGGGAGGGUUUGCCUACCUGCAGGACAUGUUGGAGCACAGCAUCCUCAAGCUACAUACCCGUCAAGACUGGCCAAUGGGUGUCUACCUGCAGCAGAUGCUCUACCCCUGCUACGUGGACGAUCUCUUCAUGCUGACGCUAAACCGCUGCUUCCUCAUCUUCAUGGUGCUGGCUUGGGUCUACUCUGUACCCAUGACCGUCGAGGGCAUCGUGCUGGAGAAGGAGAUGAGGCUCAAGCAGAUGCUGAUGGCCAUGGGCGUCACCAACGGAGUCAUAUGGUGCACCUGGUUCAUCGUCAGCUUUCUCAUGAUGGCCAUCAGCACCAGCCUGCUCACCACCAUCGUCAUGUGGGGGUGAGUGUUGAACUACAGCAACCCGGUCAUCCUCUUCCUCUUCCUGCUCACCUUCACCGUGGCAACCAUCACGCAGUGCUUCCUCAUGAGCGUCUUCUUCAACAAGGCCAAUCCGGCAGCAGCUUGCAGUGGCAAACUCUACUUCAUCUUCUACUUGCCACACAUCCUCUGCUUCGCCUGGCAGGACCGUAUCACCAGGAACCUGAAGAUCGCGGUGGGCAGUAUGGGACUGGGAGGCCAUUUUAUUUCCCAUUACAGCCCUCAUACUGGUGUAGACCUCGGCCAUCGAGAGUCGAUUCAAAGGAACCAGAAACAGCACCCCCUGCCCCCUCCACAGCCAUUAACCCCCCCAGAGGUGCGUUUAAACUGUGAGACCACCUCCGCUGCGAUAGGGGAGUCUGGAAUGUUCCGAUGCGGGGGCUCCUUUGAGUACGAUCCAGUGGGCCUUACCGUUGGUGUGGUCAUAAAGAACCUGGUGAAGGUGUUCGAUCAGAGCACACGGCCGGGUGAUUGCCUGAAUAUCACCUUCUUUGAAGAUCAGAUCACCUCAUUCCUCGGUCACAAUGGGCCUGGAAAUCCGACCACCAUGUUAAUCCUAACUGGCCUGUUCCCACCCACCUCGGGGACGGCCUACAUUCACGGGAAGGACAUCCGCAUGGACAUGGACUCUAUUCACCAGUCGCUGGGCAUGUGCCCCCAGCACAACGUCCUGUUCAACCAGUUGACCGUGGAGGAGCACAUCCUGUUCUUCUCCCUGCUGAAAGGCUGGCCGGCGGCUGCGGCCUCGCAGGAGGUGGAGGACAUGCUGGAGGAUCUGGGGAGCGAGGAGACGCAGAAUCUGUCAGGCGGCAUGCAGAGGAAGCUGUCUGGCGUUCGUGGGGGGGGGGGCUCCAAGGUGGUCAUUCUGGAUGAACCCAUCUCUGGAGUGGAUCCCUAUGCAAGGAGGUCAAUCUGGAAUCUUCUGCUGAAAUAUCGCUCAGCCCGGAUGGUUAUCCUCUCCACCCACCACAUGGAUGAGGUGGACCUCCUGAGUGACCGUGUGGCCAUCAUCUCCCAGGACCGCCUGUGCUGCUGCGCCUCACCACUGUUCCUCCAAAGCCGCUUCAGUGAGGGCUUCUCCCGAAUGAAAGAUCUGAGGAAGGAGAACCAGUGUGACUGCACGUCUGAGUGUUCCUGCAGUUGCUCCACUUGUGCCAAGUACAAAGAGGAGAACCGGACCCACCUUCAAACCCUAGAGCGGGCCUUGGAUGGCAACGUGGACAGCAUAACUAGCCUGAUCCACCACCACGUUCCGUAUGCCAAGCUCCUUGAGCUAAUUGGCCAGGAGAUGACCUACCUGCUUCCAAACAAGGACUUCAAGCACAUCCUCUUCUGGGAGCUGGAGGAGACACUCUCUGACAUGGACCUGAGCAGUUUUGGCGUGUCUGACACUUCCCUGGAGAAGGUAUUCCUCAAGGUCACUGCUGAUGGAGAAGCGGCUAACAGCAGCAUGGCUAAAGAGACUAAGGGGGCCGUGCCGGCUAGCAGUGGCGAAAACCCCGACACCUUAGCUGACAGCACCGGGAGGGGGUCACGGCAGGUCAAGGGGGUAGGACUGGUUGUGAAGCAGAUCUUUGCUCCGCUGAUAAAAAGGUUCCAGCACGCAGAAAAAGACUUCCUGGCCCAGAUUGUUUUGCCGGCAAGCUUCAUCCUUCUGGCCCUGAUAUUCACACUAAUCGCCCCCCCGUUCGGCGGAUACCCCAGCCUACCCCUCACGGCCUGGAUGUACGGCCAGCGGUUUACCGUCAUCAGCUGCUUCGGCUGCUUCGACUGCAUCGGCUGCUUCGACUGCGUCGGCUGCGUCAGCUGCGUGCAUUUCUGCUGCCUCAGCCCAAACCUGCUUAGCUUCAGAGAGAUGAUCUACUCUGGACUGCAGGCCCUCCUUAAGUUCACCGAGCUGCUGAAGAAGGCACUGCUGCUGUUUACCCUGGGUCGCGGUCUGAUCGACAUGGCGGAGAACCCGGCCGUGACUGACAUCUGUGCCCACUUCGGGGAACAGCAUAGUCCUGAUCCCUUCCGAUGGGAUUUUGUGGGAAAGAAGUUAGUGUUCAUGGCAGUGGAAGGCCGUGCGUACUUCGCCUUGAAUAUCCCGAUCCAGUACUGCUUCUUUCUUGAUUACUGGUUGUCAGACCUCAAGGGACCAAUCGAACCAGACGAAGAUGAUGAUGUCACCCAAGAGCGAGAGAGGCUUUAUACUGGCAGGAGCAAGAACGACAUCCUACAGAUGAAGGACCUGUGCAAAACCUACAUGGGCCAGACGAGGCCGGCGGUGGAUCGCAUUUACUUGGGCGAACCUGCAGGGGAGUGUUUCGGUCUCCUCGGUGUUAACGGAGCCGGGAAGACGACCACCUUCAAGAUGCUGACGGGAGACACGGACGUCAGCUCUGGGGACGCUUCCGUCGCUGGUUACAGGUGCUGGAUUGUGCCGAGACAUUUGAACGUCCCGUUGACCCUGAUAGCCAGUCGGGUGCAGAGCACUUCACAUUCCUCCAUGCUUAGCAGAGCGCAGAGACGAGGAAAGGCUACUGUUAGACCUGGUACGGCAUCCCGCCUGGCACCCACAAACACACGGCAUGUUCUGGAAGCCAGACAGCCUUACGGAUAUUUCACAGGCACAUGGUUUGGCGACGGCUACGUGGUCACCACGAAGAUCAGGGCCGGCAGAGCUGGUGCGAGCCUGGACCUCCGGCCGGCCGAAGUCUUCAUGGAGAGCAGCUUCCCGGGCUGCUUGCAGAGAGAGAAGCACGAUAGCACAUUGCAGUACGAGGUCCCCGCCUCCUCGAUGACCCGCAUCUUCCAGCUGGGGCUGACCAACAAGGAGAAGCUCAACACCGAGGACUACUCCGUCUCCAAGGCGACGCUUGACCAGGUUUUCAUAAAGUUCGCCAAACAGCAGCAGUCGGGAGUGGAGAAUAAGCUGGUGUUACACCCACGGGCAGCUGGGGGGCGCCGAGAGACAAAGAUCACACCGGUCAAGGGAAAAACAUCCUGAAGGAGAAGAUUAGUUGGGAAUAAUAGCUAAAUGUUAUCAGAGGUGUAGGACCCCUGCAGAGAUGGGAAGGACCCUCAGUGAGGAAACAUCUGUAACAAACGACUGGACAAAGACGUUUCCGAUUUCAAAAGCGUGUAAGUGAUCAACUGCAAUUACCUUCAAUAGCACUGAAGCAGAAAAACAGAAUGUUUGACUUCUACAGUUGAAUGUGUCUUUUUACAUCUGGUUCAGUUUUCAUUUUGGCCACGAUGCAAAAAAAGUGAAAUAUUAACGUGUGGAAAAUACAUUUAAAUACAAUUUUGAA